AGAAGAAUCGUCAUCAUGAAGCUGUUUCUUGUACUUUUCCUUGUUCUCUUUGCUGCUGCAGCAGUGAGUAGUACUAGGAAAUCAAAACCCCGUUGUCCGAGACCUGCAGUACCCUAUUAUGGAUACGUACGUAAAGGACGUCGAAGCUCUUAUACUGUUAGUAAAAGGAUUACCAUUGCUUGCAAACGUGGGUAUAUACUGGUUGGAAGCAGCUCCAUCAAGUGUUUGCAAAAAGGGCAACUUGCUUAUUGGCACCCACAUCCACCAGUUUGCAAGGAAUUAUCCAUUGUUUGUCCAAAAUUGCCUGCUCCUGCUAAUGGACGAGUGUGGAAUAAAGGAUUGAAAGCAACGUUCAGAUGCAAUAGUGGGUUUAAGCUAAGGGGCAGCUCCAAGAGAAAAUGCAGGUCUACUGGAUGGACUGGGACCCAACCAAUUUGUGAACCAAAGUAUGCAUGCCCUACACUUCAUAAUCCAGCCAACGGUUAUGUUAAAAUAAUAAAACAUGGAUCUAAAGCUGUUUACAAAUGCAACAGUGGAUUCAAACUGAGAGGACACUCCAAGAGAUCCUGCAAGUCAAAUAGAUGGACUGGAAACCAACCAUUCUGCCAACCAAGAUUUCCACAAUGCCCAAGAUUGGCAGCACCAGAAAAUGGGAAGGUUUCGUUUAGUAAAAAAGGUUCAAAAGCUGUUUAUGAGUGCAACAGUGGAUUCAUAUUGAAAGGAUCUUCCAAAAGAUUUUGUAAACGUAAUGGGUGGACUGGAUCUGCACCAACCUGCCAAAAGCCUAUACAGUGUCCUAGGUUAGCUGAUCCAGAAAAUGGUGAUGUUAGCUUUAGACAAAUAGUUGGAUCCGUUGCAAUGUACAAGUGCAAUAAAGGAUUCACAUUAAUUGGAAGUGAGAAAAGAACUUGCCAGCAAAACGGAGCAUGGACAGGACAGCAACCAACAUGCAAAUUGGUUCCCAUUUGUAAGCAUCCCUAUUCUCCUCUAUUUGGUUCUGUGCAAGUAAAAGGGUUUGGUAUUGGAGCUGUAGCUCAUUAUACUUGUUCAAACGGAUACAAGCUGAUUGGCUAUCAGUCAAUCCCAUGCACUGCUGGAGGAGUAUGGAAGUACCGUGCUCCAAUUUGCUCUCCGUUUCAUAUUUAUGAAUAUGCUGAACACUAAUUAAUGGAUAUAUAUAAUAAUUAAAAAUAAUAAUUUAUUUGUUUCAAAAGAA